AUACCGAAAUAGUGAAAUCACUUGUUAUUCAGUGAAUCGGACUACAAGUCUACAACUACUCUCCGUCACCAUAGUCCCCUAUCAAUUAGGCAUUUUGGCAUAUCGCAUAUAUAUUUUGRACUAUGUAGACAUGUAGUAGGACGUCGUGCACAAUGCUGGUAGUAGUAAUCUAUUCUGUGGUAGUAGCCAGUAGGAAACUAUAUAGAAUAAACGCCAAACGGUAUUAACAGAUUAGCUAUUCAGUGACUCAGACGCUCAGUAGUGCAGUACUGCAGUAGUCACUAGUCAGUAGUUCAGUACUGUAGACGACGGCGACCGUGUAACUUGUUGCGGUCAGUUGUAUGUUACGUUGUGUGUACUGCGUUCUGAAUUUCUGAUUCCCGAGAAUAUUUUUAUUUGAAAAUUGCAAAAAGUUACAAUGUAUACCAAUCCAAAUGUAGCACCAGCACCACCAGGAUUUUCUCAAUAUCAUUCACCUCAAAACCAAUAUCCACCAGCUGCUAAUCAAAAUCAAUAUCCACCAAUCGGUCAUCAAAAUCAAUAUCCACCAGUCGGUAAUCAAAGUCAACCAUAUCAACAUGACCAAUAUAAUAUGUAUCAACAUCAACAACCAAUGCCAGCACAACAAAAUCUGGGAUAUCCAAACUACCCACCUCCAUAUUCACAGCCGGGUUAUGGACAAGUUAUUCAGCAUCAACCCAGUGCAUAUCAACCAUCCCCUCAAGUGGUAGCUGAUGGUUGGAUGCCUAUUCCUCAAGCCAUACCUCAAAACUGUCCAAAUGGACUCCAGUAUCUUUCAACAAUUAAUCAAUUACUUGUUAAACAGCAAGUGGAAGUAAUAGAAGCCUUAUUAGGGUUCGAGACCAAUAACAAGUAUACAAUUAAAAACAGUGCUGGCCAAAAAGUAUUUUAUGCUGUGGAAGAUAAUGAUUGUUGUACACGGAAUUGUUGUGGACCAAUACGUCCAUUUGAAAUGAAAAUCUUAGAUAACUAUAAAAACGAAGUUAUUCAUUUAUCAAGGCCUUUAGCAUGCCAAUCUUGUCUUUUUCCUUGUUGUUUACAGAGAAUUGAAGUAUUUUCACCACCUGGGUGUUUGGUUGGAAUUGUUGAACAAGAUUGGUCUAUUUUAACUCCGAUAUUCACCAUUCGUAAUGCAGCUAAUGAAGAAGUGUUAAAAAUCGAAGGACCAAUAUGUCGAUAUAGUAUGUGUGGAGAUGUUGAAUUUAAAAUAUUAUCGAAAGACAAAACCACUGUAGUUGGCCGUAUAUCUAAACAAUGGUCUGGACUCUUAAGGGAAGUAUUUACUGAUGCCGAUUUCUUUGGUAUUAGCUUUCCUAUGGAUCUUGAUGUACGUAUGAAAGCUGUUAUGCUUGGAGCCUGUUUUUUGAUUGAUGUCAUGUUCUAUGAAAAACGUGGAAAUGCAGAAAGUGAUGGAAUUGGGCUUUGUUAACCUUGUUAUCUUCCAAUAUAUUAUGGAUAGUAUUUAACUUUAUGAUCAAAAAUGUUGCAGUUAUGUGUAUUUUCUUUUCUUUAAAAAAUAACUCAAUUAAAAUCACGAGUCUAUCAUUUUUACAUUUAAAAAUUAUU